AUGAUUUAAACAAGCAAAAACAAAUACUUGUAGUUCAUUGCUUGUGAUAAAAAAGAAAGAAGAGAUGUCAAAUGCACCACAGAAUCCGGCGAAGAAGGCAAUCCGGAGCCCGGGCGGCGCCGGAUCACAAAGCUCAAGGAACUCUACCGGUCAGUCUGUGAAGUUUGCAAGGAGGACAUCAAGUGGAAGGUAUAUAAGCUUGUCAAGAGAAGACAUUGACAUGUCCGGUGAGCUUUCCGGCGACUACAUGAACUACACAGUGCACAUUCCUCCCACACCAGAUAAUCAGCCAAUGGAAGGGCCGGCCGAGGCGGCUUCGGUGGCGGUGAGAGCCGAAGAACAGUAUGUUUCCAACUCACUCUUCACCGGAGGUUUCAACAGUGUUACCAGAGCUCAUCUUAUGGAUAAGGUGAUUGAAUCAGAGGUCACUCAUCCUCAGAUGGCCGGAGCUAAAGGCUCUGCAUGUGCAAUGCCUGCAUGUGAUGGUAAAGUCAUGAGAGAUGAGAGAGGCCAAGAUGUUGAUCCUUGUGAAUGCAGGUUCAAGAUAUGUAGAGAUUGUUAUCUUGAUGCACAGAAGGAUGGGGGACUAUGUCCUGGAUGUAAAGAGCCAUAUAAGAUUGGUGAGUAUGAGGAAGAUGUACCGAAUUAUUCGGCAGGAGCAUUGCCAUUGCCGGCGCCGGGAGGGAAGGCGGAUAAUCGAAUUAUGAACUCGAAUAAGUCUUUGUUGAUGAGAAGUCAGACUGGUGAUUUCGAUCAUAAUCGAUGGUUGUUUGAGACUAAAGGGACUUAUGGUUAUGGCAAUGCUUUUUGGCCAAAGGAUGGAAUGUAUGAUGAAGACGAUGACGAGCCGAUGGGUGACAGGAUACCGGAAACUGCUGAUAAACCUUGGAAGCCUCUCACAAGAAAAAUUCCGAUUCCGUCAGCAAUUAUUAGUCCUUACAGAAUGUUGAUAGUGGUAAGAUUGGUGGUACUGGGAUUCUUUUUAUCAUGGAGAGUUCAACAUCCAAAUGAGGAUGCACCAUGGCUAUGGGGAAUGUCUAUAGUGUGUGAGUUAUGGUUUGCAUUUUCAUGGAUAUUAGAUCAGGUUCCGAAGCUCAGGCCGAUAAACCGGGCCACCGAUCUUGCCGUCCUUAAAGAGAAGUUUGAGUCAGUAUCUCCUUCUAAUCCGACUGGCAGGUCUGACCUUCCAGGAACAGAUGUUUUUGUUUCUACAGCUGAUCCGGAGAAAGAACCACCACUAGUCACUGCUAACACCAUUCUGUCCAUUCUCGCCGUCGAUUACCCUGUUGAGAAAAUUGCUUGCUAUAUCUCUGAUGACGGUGGUGCUUUAUUAACUUUUGAAGCAAUGGCAGAGGCUGCAAGUUUUGCGAAUAUAUGGGUUCCUUUUUGCCGGAAACAUGAUAUUGAGCCUAGGAACCCAGAUACUUACUUUCAGCAGAAAGGCGACCCGACAAAGAACAAGAGAAGGUCAGAUUUUGUUAAGGACAGAAGGAAGGUGAGAAGAGAAUAUGAUGAGUUCAAAGUUAGGAUUAAUGGAUUACCGGAUUCGAUAAGAAGACGGUCGGAAGCCUUCAAUGCCAGAGAAGAGAUGAAGAUGAUGAAACAUAUAAGAGAAACCGGCGGUGAUAUCACUGAACAUCCUAAGGUUCCCAAAGCUACCUGGAUGGCCGACGGCACACACUGGCCUGGAACAUGGGCUGUUCCCUCCCCUGAUCAUGCUAAAGGCGAUCAUGCCGGUAUUCUUCAAGUCAUGUUGAAGCCACCUUCAUGUGAGCCACUAUUUGGAUUACCAGAUGAAGAACAAAUGAUGGAUUUCAGUGAUGUCGAUAUCCGGCUUCCAAUGCUUGUGUAUAUGUCAAGGGAAAAACGACCAGGGUACGACCACAACAAAAAGGCCGGUGCCAUGAACGCGCUUGUCCGAGCUUCCGCCGUCAUGUCCAAUGGUCCUUUCAUCCUCAACUUAGAUUGUGAUCACUACAUUUACAACUGCCAAGCUCUCCGAGAAGGAAUGUGCUUCAUGAUGGACCGUGGCGGAGAUCGCAUUUGCUACAUUCAAUUUCCACAAAGAUUCGAAGGCAUUGAUCCUUCCGACCGCUAUGCUAACCACAACACUGUCUUCUUCGACGGAAACAUGCGUGCUCUUGAUGGCAUCCAAGGGCCAUUCUAUGUGGGAACUGGAUGUUUCUUUAGAAGAUAUGCAUUGUAUGGAUUUGAUCCACCGAGGCAGAAGCAGGUGAGUUGGUUUGGAAAGACAAAAGAGACGAAUGCGCGAAAGAAAGACCCAGAGGCAGAGACUCAAUCACUGAGAAAUGAGGACUUUGAUAGUGAGCUAAGCACAGCAUUAAUGCCGAAGAGAUUUGGUAACUCUGCUGCUCUAGUUGAGUCUAUUCCAGUGGCUGAGUACCAAGGCCGGCCACUCGCUGACCACCCGGGCAUCAAGCACGGCCGCCCUCCUGGCGCUCUUCUUGUCCCUCGUCCACCUCUAGAUCCAACCACUGUCGCCGAAGCUGUUUCCGUCAUUUCUUGUUGGUACGAGGACAAGACAGAAUGGGGUGACAGAGUCGGAUGGAUCUACGGCUCAGUGACGGAGGAUGUGGUGACUGGUUAUCGAAUGCACAAUCGCGGGUGGCGCUCGGUGUACUGUGUCACAAAACGCGACGCCUUCCGUGGCUCAGCGCCUAUCAACCUCACAGACCGUCUCCAUCAAGUGCUCCGGUGGGCGACUGGCUCAGUCGAGAUCUUCUUCUCCCGCAAUAACGCUCUCUUUGCCUCCUCUCGGCUCAAACUCCUCCAACGCAUCUCCUACCUCAACGUCGGCAUCUACCCAUUCACCUCCCUUUUCCUCAUUGUCUACUGUUUCCUCCCGGCCCUCUCCCUCUUCUCCGGCCAAUUCAUCGUCCAAACUCUAAAUGUCACAUUUUUAAUAUACCUUCUAAUAAUUUCUCUAGCUCUAAUCAUGCUCGCCAUUCUUGAAGUCCGGUGGUCGGGUGUCGGUUUAGAAGAAUGGUGGCGCAAUGAGCAGUUCUGGUUAAUCUCCGGCACCAGUUCUCAUCUCUACGCCGUAGUGCAAGGACUACUGAAAGUGAUCGCCGGAAUAGAGAUAUCAUUCACAUUGACUUCAAAAUCUGCCGGAGAUGAAAAUGAGGAUAUUUAUGCAGAUCUUUAUGUAGUCAAAUGGACUUCAUUGAUGAUACCGCCGAUAACGAUAAUGAUGGUGAAUAUUAUUGCAUUGUUUUUCGGCUUUGCGAAGACGAUAUAUAGCGAUGUGCCGAAAUGGAGUAAGUUGCUUGGAGGGACAUUUUUUAGUUUCUGGGUUUUGGCUCAUUUGUAUCCAUUUGCUAAAGGGUUGAUGGGAAAGAGAGGGAAGACACCUACCAUUGUUUAUGUUUGGUCUGGGCUUAUUGCCAUUACCAUUUCUUUGCUUUGGAUUGCAAUUAGUCCUCCCAAACCUUCGGAAGGUGUGCAUGGAGGAGGGUUUCAGUUUCCAUGAUGAUGAUGAUGAUGAUGAUGAUGGCGGGAAGAAGGUAUGCAUGCAGUGGAAGGUUGAUUUAGGAGUUUAUUUUGAAUUA